GCCAGCUGCAGGUGGUUCAAGUCUAUAACUACCAACAGUACGGUAUCUCUCAAGGGCGGAAGCACAACUACCAGGAACGACCCAUUGGGGACAGCGAUCACGACUGCACCUGCGACUGUGUUUGGCAGCCGCAGAUACAAACAACUACGCGCAAUUUCCGUACCAAGCGGCAGAGGCAUUGGCCAUGUCUAUGAUCCAGGUCGAGGAUCUGGUCCUCUACCAACUGCGCACCAGUUACCUCAACGAUGUGGCCGACGGCGUCGGGGAGCGCCUCUUCACCCUGAACGAGAGCUUCCUCAAUGCCCCCCCCUUCAAGUCGGCCGGCUGGCGCCCCAACCCGGCGCUCAUCAAGCGGACCCAUUCGCCCCCAAUCCCCACUGCCGUCGCAUCCGAAUACUUCCAAGCCCCGCGAGUAGCUGGCCUAUCGCUUGAAGAUGAGGGUGAUGAGGGGGGGUUAUUUGGUGGUGGCGGAGCAUCCGACACGGUCGGCCCCGGCAUGGCCACUAAGCGGCGGAGGCGCCGAGAGCAGAUGGAAGACGAUGACAGUAGCGACCUGAGCGACGAGAGUGAUGACGAGCCGGACCAGCGCGCCGCCCAGCAGAUAAAAUUUGCAAAGAUGCCCCUGCGCAAUCGAUCCGGCUCCUCACCACUUCAGUCGUCCACCCUUCGCCAGACCACCACCCUCUCGUCGCCCAAGCCUGCCCCCAGACGGGGCUCCCAAUCCGCCCUCGAGACGGUCAAGGAGCGGGCACGCCGCGACACCGUGACCAGCAGCGAAAUGUCCUCGGAGAACGAAUUCGAUGCGUCGGGCUUUCACAAGCAGAGGGAAGCGGCUCGUGCGGCCGGCCGCGGUGGUCCCAAGGUGCCCCCCAAGCCGACCAUUGCCGAGCCGACCAUGGGCAUCAGGCGUCACGAGAGCGAUCUUCUCCCCGAAGAGGAGGAAGAUGACGACGAAGACGAGGACUCGGACGGUUCCGACAUGUCCUCGGCGUUCCUCGAGAGCCUUGGGUCUGCCUCCAUCUUGGACACUGUCAAGCACGCCAUGAACACGUCGCCCCGAGACCAAGUAGUAGGCACGCCACCUCGGGAAUUUACAAGGAGGUUGACCAUCCGCAAGUCCGCGAUACCUGCCCCGUUGCAGGUAUCCAUGGGCGAUCUGCCGCCUCCGCGCCCGAUGAGCACCAUCAGGCCCCUCAGCAUGCUCCAACCCAAAAGCCUGCUCUCUGCGGCCUUGAAGGCAAAGAAGACGAAGCCGGCCCUUCCAUUUGACAGCUUUGCCUCGCUUUCGGGCCAGGGCGAUCCAAGCCCCAUCAUGCUCCGCAUUUACUCGCCCUUUUCCAAAAACCCUUCCAAGCCCUUCGAAGUACUCAUUCGCCGGACCGUACACCAGGGUGAAGGUGGAGACAGGUCAGUGACGGUGGCUGAUUUGAUCGGCCUCAGUCUCUGGCGGUACAACGAGGAGAAGCUGGAGCCUACACUCCCUAGCGACAAGCUCAACGUCAAUUGGUGGACGCUGCGGAUGGUGGAAGAAGAUGGCGAGGUGGACGACGACUUCCCGCCGCUGGACCGCAGGAAGCAGCUCACUUCGUUCACGACGGCAAACAACAAAGCCGGGCGGUCGCGUUCAAACUCCAAAGUCUACGACAUUUUUGCCUUGGUACAGGCCUCCGAGUCGGAGUUUGCCGAGAACCAGCGCAUGACGCCGCAGUUUGAGCAAGAGGCAGUGGCCGAGGAGCCCGAUGACAAGGAUCUGACACCUCGGAACACGCCACGGCCAGACGCCGUCUUGCAGCAGCAGCUUCUCGCACAGCCCCGUGAGAACCCGCUCCUCAACACGACGUACCGCGCGGACACGUCCAUGUUUGCCGACAUGCCGCAGCCAGCGCAACCUGCGUCGUCGCAGAACACGGCCCGCGGGGAAAAGAAGCUCCUGCGCAUUCACAUUCACUCAGCCGACGUUGCACCGGGGCAAAUGAUCACGCUCGAUGUGACGACAGGAACGUGGCUGGCCGAGGUCCUCGACACGGCGUGUCGGAAGAGGCAGCUGGACAAGGCGAACCACGUGCUAAAAGUACCAAACUCGGGGACGGUGGUGCUACUGGACCGCACCGUUGCCUCGCUCGGAAAUGUGACGGACCUAGACCUCUACAGGCGCCGGUUUGCCACGGACGGGCCACUGACCAUGACGGGCUCACCGAGCAGCUCGUCGCCCAGACCGCUCCUCUUUGCGGACAACGCGAGUUGGAGCAAGUCAAAAAGGGCCAAGAUCAUGGGGACUCACCCACUAGCCAAGGAGGCACUAAAGCAAGACGAGCUCGGCGUCGGCUCCAACUAUAAGAAAUACACGGUCUGGCGGAAGCAGCCAAUGCGGCUGCUGUCGGAGAAGCUCUUCGCCAUUGACGGCGAGUACAUCCACAUCAUGCCAGCGUCGGGUGGGAAGAUGGUCGAGAGCGACGGGAAGACGACGUCGGUCCACUUCAGCAACGUCGUUGGGUGCAAGGUCUCGCGCAAGCACCCCACCAACUUCAAGCUCGUCGUCUACAAGGCUACUGAAAGCAAGCGCUACGACUUUGUCACCAACAGUUUGGAAUACGCGGCCGAGAUUGUGCAACAGCUCAAAAAGGGUAUCUCGCCGUACCGCGACAUUUAACGAGGAAGCAGAAACGGAUAAACAAUUGACGGACAGCUGUAUGUGCAUUUCAAUCGACAUGCACAUUUGGUUUUCAGGGGGUCGAACUUGAGAGGUUCGGACGCCACGCCCCCCGAUGUGUGCGUCGGGUCAAGGGCAAGUUGAGCACAGCGACGGAUGUACCUUAGCUCCCAUUUAUCUCUCUAAGCAGACUUCUGUUCCGGAGGGCAGCGAUGGCCUACACCUCCCCGGGGGGUCGAACGCUUGGUCCGACAAUCAGUC